UUACCUUGACUCCCGGUGCACUCCGUCCGUCCUUCCUUCCUCAUCCCCUUCUUCCCAUCUCAUCACGCUUGCGUGCUUUUGUUGUUUCCUCUCUCUCAACAACACCACCUCUUCCACAAAACGCAACACUAGUCCCCCACCCCUUCUCCAUCUUUCCUCCCUCACUACCCACCCCCCCUCUCUAAUCCCCUCCACCAACCUAUUGGGACUGCCGCAAGUCCACAUCGCCCAUCAUGGCGUCCCUCUUCAGCGGUCCCCCUCCUACCCGCCCCCUGGUCCUCCACUCCAAGGCCGCCCGUGUCCACGUUCUCGUUCCAGCAGAGCCCCUCUCGGCCUGGGUCGCUUCAGAAGUUCUCGCCCAGGAGUUCCACGAUGAGCUCGCAAACAACGACGACGAUGCCCCCGCCCCCGUAGACGAGGACGAUGAGGAGGCUGCCAGCAAGCCUGUCUCCAACGAGCCCCAGGUCAAGCUUCUCGCUCGCUUCCUCAAGUUUGUUGCCGACAAUGUCGCGGCUACCUCGAGCCAGGAGACGGCCGAGGUUCUCCUCGCCUCGUACAACCGCUUCAACGAGCUCUUCCUCCCCUCGGUCAGCGUUCAGACUCUGGUCCAGUCUUUCGACCCCGAGGUCCGCGCCGAGAUCCUCACGGCCUACUACAAGGCCUUUGCCGUUGCCCGCAAGGUCCUCGGCGACAAGAAGGUCCAGGUCGCCCACAAGCCCGCCCUUAUUACUGCCGCUCAGGACGGCUCCGCCGAGCUCUACGCUCUCUUCGGCGGCCAGGGUGUCAACGAGUACUACAUCGAUGAGCUCCAGUCGCUCUUCGACGUCUACCGCCCCUUCGUCGAGGAGCUCCUCGCCAACGUCACCAAGAACGUUCUCAACCCCCUCGUCGCCAAGUACGCCGACAACUUCCCCUACUACUCUGAGGGCCUUGACGUUCUCUCGUGGCUCAACGGCAGCAAGCCCCGCCCCUCGGUCGACUACCUCGCGUCGAUCCCGGUGUCCAUGUCCCUGAUCGGCAUUACCCAGCUCGUUCAGUACGUCGUCUCGGCUCGCAUUGCCGAUGUUUCUCCCGGUGAGCUCCGUGAGCUCUUCAAGGGCGCCACUGGUCACUCCCAGGGCAUUAUCUCGGCUGUUGCCAUUGCUGCUUCCACUAGCUGGGAGAGCCUCUACCAGAACAUUGAGAAGGCUGUUAAGCUUCUCUUCUUUGUUGGUCUCCGUGGCCAGGAGUUCUUCCCCGUGCUCGCUAUCGAGCCCGAGAUCGUUGCCGACGCCAUUGCCAACAACGAGGGUACCCCCACCCCCAUGCUGGCUGUUAACGGCCUGACGGCCAAGGCCCUCGACGCCCACAUCCAGAAGGUCAACGCCUUCCUGCCCGCCAACUCCAAGGUCGGCAUCUCGCUCUUCAACGCUGCGACCAGCAACAUUGUUACUGGCCCUGCCAAGUCGCUCUACGGUCUCGCUACCGCUCUCCGCAAGGUCAUGGCUCCUGCCGGCCUCGACCAGAGCAAGAUCCCCUUCUCCAAGCGCAAGGCGGUCUUCAACAUCCGCUUCCUGCCCAUCAACGUGCCUUACCACAGCCACUACCUCGAGGGUGCUACUGCCAAGGUCGUUGAGCAGGACCUUGCUGGCCGUGAGCUCUGGACCCCGUCCGAGCUUGGCGUUGCCAUUUAUGACACUGAGGACGGUUCCGAUCUCCGCAAGCUCAGCUCGUCCCUGACGGCUUCGCUCCUCGACCAGAUCUUCACCAAGCACAUCCACUGGGCCAAGGCCUGCAACUUCCCUCCUACUGCCACCCACGCCAUUGACUUUGGCCCGGGCGGCAACUCGGGUGUCGGUCUUCUGGCCGCCCGUGUAACCGAGGGCCGUGGUGUCCGCGUCGUCAUUGUUGGCGAGAAGGGCAAGACUGGCGCCGAGCUCUACGACGCCAACAACAUCCGUCGCGAGCCUGUCUGGUACAAGGAGUCGCACCCCCGCCUCGUCAAGACGCUUGACGGCAAGAUCAACAUUGACACCAACUUCUCGCGUCUCCUCGGCAAGCCUCCUAUCAUGGUUGCGGGUAUGACCCCCACCACCGUUGGCGCCAACCUCGUCGCCGCCACCCUUAACGCUGGCUACCACAUUGAGCUCGCUGGUGGCGGUCACUACAAUGCCAAGGCGCUCCGCGCCAAGGUCGCUGAGAUCCAGCGCCGCACCAAGCCCGGUGUCGGUGUCACCCUCAACGCGCUUUACAUCAACCAGCGCCAGUUCACCUUCCAGUUCCCCCUCUGGCAGGAGAUGCGCAAGGAGGGCCUCCCCAUCGAGGGCUUCUGUGUCGCCGCUGGUAUCCCCAGCUCGGAGAAGGCCACCGAGAUCAUCAACGGCCUCAAGGAGGCUGGCAUCAAGCACAUUGCCUUCAAGCCCGGAUCGGUUGAGGGUAUCCGUCAGGUUGUCAACAUUGCCGCUGCCAACCCCGACUACCCCAUCAUCCUUCAGUGGACUGGUGGUCGUGCUGGUGGUCACCACUCUUGCGAGGACUUCCACCACCCCAUCAUCUCGACCUACGGCUCGAUCCGCAACCACCGCAACAUCUCGCUCAUUUGCGGUUCCGGCUUCGGUGGCGCCGAGGACGUCUGGCCCUACAUCUCGGGUGACUGGUCCGUCAAGCUCUUUGGCCUCCAGCCCAUGCCCUACGAUGGUGCCCUUUACGCUUCGCGCGUCAUGGUCGCCAAGGAGGCCGACACGUCGCCCUCUGUCAAGCAGCUCAUCGUCGACGCCCCCGGUGUCGAGGACCACCAGUGGGAGGGCACUUACGACAAGCCUACCGGCGGUAUCCUUACUGUCCGCUCCGAGCUUGGUGAGCCCAUCCACAAGAUUGCCAACCGCGCCGUCAAGCUCUGGCGCGAGUUUGACGACACCGUCUUCGCUCUUCCCCGUGAGAAGCGUGGCCCUUGGCUCGAGGGCAAGAAGGACUAUGUCAUUGAGCGCCUGAACAAGGACUUCAACAAGCCCUGGUUCGGUGAGAAGGCCGACGGCACUGUCGUCUCCGACAUUGGUCUCAUGACCUACGAGGAGAUCACCCGCCGCAUGGUCCGUCUCAUGUACUCAGCCAAGCUCGACAACUGGGUCGACGUCUCGCUCCGUAACCUCACCGGUGACUGGCUUCGCCGCACUGAGGAGCGUUUCGCUGGUGUCGAUGGCAUCCGCACCAAGGAGUCGCUCAUCCAGUCGUUCUCGGCCCUCGACAAGCCCACCGAGGCUCUCGAGCUCUUCUUCAGCACCUACCCCAAGGCCAAGACCCAGCUCGUUUCGGCCGACGACAAGUCGUACUUCCUGACCAUCAGCCAGCGCCCUGGUCAGAAGCCCGUUCCCUUCAUCCCCAUCCUUGACAACCAGUUCGAGGUUUGGUUCAAGAAGGACUCGCUCUGGGCUGCCGAGAACAUUGACGCCGUGUUCGACCAGGACCCCCAGCGUGUCUGUAUUCUCCAGGGCCCCAUCGCCGUGCGCCACGCCAAGGUUGCCGACGAGCCCAUCGCCGACAUCCUCGGUAACAUCGAGGCCAACCUUGCCAAGCGCAUCCUUGAGCGCUUCUACGACAAUGACGAGUCCAAGGUUCCCUCGAUCGACUACAUUGGUGCCCGCCCCAGCCAGGCCCACACCUACAUUGCCGACGAGCACGUCGAGUCGGUCAACGGCAACGAGGUCCGCACCCUCAAGCUUGAUGACAAGCUCCCCAAGGUUGAGGACUGGCUUCAGCGCAUCUCGGGCCCCGAGCUCUCGUGGCUCCGCGCUGCCCUCACCACCGUCAACGUUGUCCAGGGCUCCAGCUACGUUACCAACCCCUUCCGUCGCAUCUUUGCUCCUCGCAAGCACCAGACGGCCAAGAUCUACUCGGUCGGCGACAAGAUCCAGAAGGUCGAGCUUUACGGCGGCGCUCGCUCGUCGGGCCCCCACCCCGACGACUUCAAGGCCGUCGAGCUCUCGUACAACGCCUCGGAGCGCAAGAUCACCCUCGUCCUCUUCGAGGAGCGCAAGGGCGUCUCGGUUCCUCUUACCUUCACGUUCGAGUACCACCCCGAGCAGGGCUACGCCCCGAUCCACGAGGUCGUCAAGGGCCGCAACAAGGCCAUCAAGGACUUCUACUGGCGCCUCUGGUUUGGUGACAACGAGAAGCUUCCUCAGCUUGCCAUUGACACCACCUUCACCUGCGGUGAGACCAAGGUCGACGCUGCCACCAUCCAGCGCUUCUGUGACGUUGUCGGCAACCAGGGCGAGCGCUUCAAGGCCUCGCGCAACGACACCAUCCUUGCUCCCAUGGACUACGCCAUUGUUCUUGGAUGGCAGUCGAUCAUGAAGACCAUCUUCCCCGAGGCCAUUGACGGUGACCUCAUCAACCUUGUUCACCUCUCGAACGGCUUCCGCUUUGUUGAGGGUGUCGCGCCGGUCAAGGCUGGCGACGUCUGCACGACCGAGGCUCGUGUCACUUCGGUGAUCAACUCGGACUCGGGCAAGACUGUCAAGGUCAAGGGCUUCGUCCUCCGUAACGGCGAGCCCGUCAUCGAGGUCAACUCGGCCUUCCUCUACCGUGGCCGCUUCACCGACUUUGAGAACACUUUCGAGACUGUCGACGAGCCCGACUAUGUUGUCAGCCUCGACAAGGCCACCUCGGUCGGUGUCCUCCAGUCCAAGCAGUGGUUCGAGUGGGACGACGACUCGGUUCCUCUCGACGUUGGCACCACCCUCACCUUCAAGGUCAAGUCCAAGUACCACUACAAGGACAAGUCGACCUACUCGUCGGUCCAGGUCACUGGCGCUGCCUUUGUCCGCGACAGCACCAAGCAGCUUGUCCAGGUUGCCACCAUCGACUACGAGGCCCACAACUCGCACGGCAACCCCGUCGUCGAGUACCUCAAGCGUACUGGCAAGGCUGUCGGCCUCCCCGUUCCUCUCGAGUCGGGCGGCUACGCGCUCAUCACUGACGCGUCGACUGCCACCUACCGCACUCCUGCCACCAACGAGCCCUACUCGAAGAUCUCGGGUGACUUCAACCCCAUCCACAUCAACCCGUACUUCUCCGACUUUGCCAAGCUCCCCGGCACCAUCACCCACGGCAUGUGGUCGUCUGCUGCUACCCGCAAGUACGUCGAGCAGGUCGCCGCCGACAACCACCCCGAGCGCGUCGUCUCGUACGACGUUGCCUUCGUCGGCAUGGUCCUCCCUGGUGACGAGAUCAACGUCAAGCUCACCCACGUCGCCAUGCGCGACGGCAAGAAGGUUGUCAAGGUCGAGGCCUUCAACCAGAACGGUGCCAAGGUCAUUGACGGUACAUCCGAGGUCCUCCAGCCCCCUACCACCUACGUCUUCACUGGCCAGGGUUCGCAGGAGGUUGGCAUGGGAAUGGAGCUCUACAACAACUCGGAGGUUGCCCGCGCUGUCUGGGACGCCGCCGACGCCCACUUGACCUCGGUCUACGGCUUCUCCAUCAUUGACAUUGUCAAGAACAACCCCAAGGAGCUUACGAUCCACUUUGGUGGUAUCAAGGGCCAGGCCAUCCGCCAGCGCUACAUGGACCUCACCUACGACACCAUUGGUGACGACGGCGAGCUCAAGACCAAGCCCCUCUUCGGCGACAUUGACCUCUACACCACGUCGUACACCUUCUCGCACCCCCAGGGUCUCCUCUACGCCACGCAGUACACCCAGAUUGCGCUUGUCGUUACCGAGAAGGCCGCCUUUGACGACAUGAAGGCCAAGGGCCUCAUUGACCCUAGCGCUCCCUUCGCUGGUCACUCGCUCGGCGAGUACUCGGCUCUUGCUUCGAUUGCCGACGUCCUCCCCAUCUCGUCGCUCUCCGACGUCGUCUUCUUCCGUGGUAUCACCAUGCAGCGCGCGGUCAAGCGCGACGCCGAGGGCAAGUCGCAGUACGCCAUGAUGGCCGUCAACCCCUCGCGUGUGGGCAAGACCUUCUCCGAGCCCGCUCUCCGCGAGAUUGUCGACCAGAUCUCGUCGCAGAAGGAGGCUCUUCUCCAGAUUGUCAACCUCAACGUUGCCGACCAGCAGUACGUCACUGCUGGUGAGCUCCGCGCCCUCGCCACCCUCACCAACGUCCUCAACGUUCUCAAGCACCAGAAGAUUGACCUUGAGAAGCUCUCCAAGACCAUGUCGGUCGAGGAGCUCAAGGAGCACCUCAAGGACAUUAUUGAGGAGGCCUGGAGCAUGCAGGAGGAGAAGGCCAAGAAGGACGGCGGUCAGGUCAUCCUCGAGCGUGGCUACGCUACCAUUCCCCUCCCUGGUAUCGAUGUGCCAUUCCACUCUCGCUACCUCUGGCCUGGAGUGUUGUCGUUCCGCAACUACCUCGUCAAGAAGAUCGACCCCAAGCAGCUCAACCCCGACCGUCUCAUCGGCAAGUACAUCCCCAACCUUAUCGCCGAGCCCUUCGAGGUUACCAAGGCGUACGUUCAGAAGAUCUACGAGGAGACCAACUCGCCCCGCAUGGAGCUUGUUCUCAAGUUGUGGGAGAAGAACGCCUGGGCAUCGCCUGCUCAGCGCCAGGAGCUCGCCUACAACAUCCUCACCGAGUGUCUCGCCUACCAGUUCGCCUCGCCCGUUCGCUGGAUCGAGACUCAGGAUGUCCUCUUCACUCAGGCCAAGUUUGAGCGCCUCAUCGAGGUCGGCCCCGGCCCUGUCCUUGCUGGUAUGGCCACCCGUACCCUCAAGGCCAAGUACGAGGCCCAGGACGGUGCCAUCUCGCUCAAGCGCACCAUCCUCUGCCACGCCAAGAACCAGAAGGAGGUCUACUACGCCUUCGAGGACGAGGCUGCCGAGGAGCCCGCUGCCGCUGCUCCUUCCGAGGCUGCCGCCCCCAAGGCUGCCGCCGCCCCUGCGCCUGUUGCUGCUGCGCCCGUCGCUGCCGCUCCUUCGGCCGGUCCCGCUGCUGCUGUCGAGGACGCGCCUCCCAAGGCCGUCGACACUGUCCGCAUCAUCAUUGCCCAGAAGCUCAAGAAGCCCGCUUCGGAGAUUCCCCUCUCCAAGUCGCUCAAGGAGCUCUCUGGCGGCAAGUCGACUCUCCAGAACGAGAUUCUCGGUGACCUCCAGACCGAGUUUGCCCAGGCUCCCGAGAAGGGUGAGGACCUUCCUCUCGACGAGCUUGGAGCGGCCCUUGGUGUUGGCUACUCUGCACUUGGCAAGCACGCCAUGGGUCUGACCAACCGCAUGAUUGCUUCCAAGUUCCCUGGUGGCUUCAACAUCUCUGCUGCUCGUUCGCACCUCAACAAGCAGUGGGGUCUUGGCCCUCUGCGCUCCGACUCUGCCCUCUUCUUCGGUAUCCUGUCCGAGCCCGCCAAGCGUAUCGGCUCUGAGCUCGAGGGCAAGGCCUUCCUCGACUCGGUCGCGCAGGCGUACGCCUCGUACUCUGGCAUCACCCUCUCGACUGGCGGUGCCGGCGGUGGUGGUGGUGGCGGCGGUGGCGGUGGUGCCGUCAUGAACUCGGAGGAGUUUGACAAGUUUGUUGUCAAGCAGAACGAGCAGGCCGAGCGCGAGAUUGAGCAGCUCUACCGCUACCUCGGCAAGGACCCCCGCGCUGGCGAGAAGAAGGCCGACACGGAGAAGGCCAACGCCGAGGCCCUCCAGGCCAAGCUUGACGCCAUCAAGGCCGAGCACGGUGACGCCUACAUUGACGGCAUCUCGCCCGCCUUCUCGGCCGCCAAGGCCCGUACGUUUGACUCGAGCUGGAACUGGGCCCGCCAGUCGUCGCUCCAGCUCUGGUACGACAUUAUCCACGGCCGCCUCGACCCCUCGACGAUCUUCGAGAGCGAGCCGCGUUACCGCCCCACGGCUUAAAGUGGCGGUUAGUUUAGAUGUGCGCGCGCGCGAGCGCGCGCUGUUGAUUUGGUAGACAAGAUCCGUACUAUAGAGAUUCGCUCCGUUUGUUCAAUUGUCGCAUAUAGGGCCAUAAUGGCCAGGAGCAUGCAUCGUUAGGAAG